UGAACGGACCAAUCAGCGUGGGCCACGGUGAGAUUUUAUUUCGUCUGCAAUGUACUUUUGUGAGAGUGAGCGAGCAGCGGCGGCAGUCUGUGUUGUUUCAACAGAGGAGACGAGCAGAGAGAAGUUAAAACCAUGGGACCGAUUUUACUCGGAGUGUUGGGCUGCUCGCUGGUCCUAUCUGUCCAAGCCAUGUACUCCUCCAGUGAUGAUGUUAUUGAGCUCACACCUUCCAACUUCAACAGGGAGGUGAUCCAGAGUGACAGUCUGUGGCUGGUGGAGUUUUAUGCUCCCUGGUGUGGGCAUUGUCAAAAUCUUGCUCCAGAGUGGAAGAAAGCAGCAACAGCCCUCAAGGGUGUUGUGAAGGUCGGGGCUGUAGAUGCUGACCAGCACAAGUCCCUGGGAGGUCAGUAUGGUGUCAGAGGGUUCCCCACCAUCAAGAUAUUUGGAGCAAAUAAGAACAAACCAGAGGAGUACCAAGGGGGACGCAGUAGUCAGGCCAUUGUUGAUGGAGCAAUGAAUGCUUUGCGCACACUUGUCAAAGAGAGGUUGAGUGGCAAGUCUGGUGGCUCCAGCUAUAACAAGCAGCAUAGCACCGGUGGCAGCAAGAAAGAUGUGGUGGAGCUCACUGACGACAACUUCGAUGAGACCGUGCUGAGAAGUGACGACGUGUGGAUGGUGGAGUUUUUUGCCCCUUGGUGUGGACACUGCAAGAACCUGGAGCCUGAGUGGGCAGCUGCAGCCACAGCUGUUAAGGAGCAAACCAAGGGCAAAGUUCGCCUUGGGGCUGUGGACGCUACCGUUCAUCAGGCUGUGUCCAGCCGCUACGGGGUCCGUGGAUUUCCCACAAUAAAAAUUUUCCGUAAAGGGGAGGAGCCUGAGGACUACCAAGGAGGCCGCUCCCGUGGGGACAUCAUUGAGAAGGCCGUGGAUCUGUUCUCUGAUAAUGCUCCUGGUCCUGAACUGCUGGAGAUCCUUAAUGAAGACAUCUUGAAGAAGACCUGUGAAGACAGUCAGCUGUGUAUAAUUGCUGUCCUUCCACACAUCCUGGAUACAGGAGCAGCUGGUAGAAAUGGUUAUCUGGAUGUGAUGAUGAAGAUGGCAGACAAGUAUAAGAAGAAGCUGUGGGGCUGGCUCUGGACUGAGGCAGGGGCUCAGAUGGAGCUGGAGGCCUCUCUGGGAAUUGGAGGAUUUGGCUACCCCGCCAUGGCCGCCAUCAACGCACGCAAGAUGAAGUUCGCUCUCCUCAGGGGCUCCUUCAGUGAGACUGGCAUUCAUGAGUUUCUCAGGGAGCUUUCUGUGGGCCGAGGCUCCACCGCCACACUGGGAGGCGGAGUCAUGCCAAAGAUUAACACUGUAGAAGCCUGGGAUGGAAAAGAUGGACAGCUUCCUGUGGAGGAAGAAUACGACCUCAGUGAUGUAGACCUCGAUGAGGACCUUGGGAAAGAAGAGUUAUAAAUCCGAGCAGCGUAAGGAUCUGACCGAGACUUGCUUGGAUUUGGUCUCGUCUGGUCCUAUGUGUCCCCUGCCUUCCCUUUCCUGUGGACAAAUGGGAGGCCACGUCGGCCAGUUACUGAAAUACUCCAGAAAUGGCGCACGAGAGACACCUGCAGUUUUUCACACCAUCUUAUCUGUCACACAGGGGCAGGAGUUAGGGGAGUGUGUGGGUGCGUGUGUUUGUCCCUGAUGUGAACUCAUUUUCACAAACCUGCUGAAUAUUUAUAUAGCUGCCGGCAGCUGAAGAGGAGGGGCGAGAAGUCUUUUUCAAACAUUUCUCCCCUCUUCAGCUGGCUGUAAGCACCUAUUUUAAGAUGUGAACUUCAACCUGAUGUAACGUGUUUUCCCCCUUUUUUAUUUUUUUUUUAAAGCCAGUAAAAGAAUCUGGGUGGGUUUGCAUCAUCUGUGUCCAGGACAAGGGGGGGGGAUCUGUGGGACUUCUUGUGUAGAUUUUCUUACACGACUUUAUUUCAAUUGUGUGAAAACAAAAGGACAUUUUUGUUACAAAAAUAAAAAAAAUGAAUAAAAACAA